AUGGAAAUCAUCCGAUUUGGCGUGCUACGGUUAAGGCUUGGCCUCCCGCCCCCGACUGGGGCGGACAGAUGGAUGACCGCGAGGGUUUCGGGAGACGCUAGGAAUAAGAAGAAGGAGGACGACACGUGGCAAGAAGGAACAGUGUAUUAAGACGCGAUGAAGACAUGAAGACGUGCAGACGUUCGCGAAGAGCGAGAGGGCACAGGAGGGUGAACCAUCGCCCCCCCCGCCCCCAGGGGCAUAAGGUGUAAGAGCCGAGUUGGUCUCAGGAAAGGCCGACGUGUGCUGCGCCGCUUUGGUCGAUGGUGUCAAACAUUUACAUGUUGUGCUGUGUAGUACAGUACUCGGUGACUACCUCUCGAUUAUUUUCACAAAAUGUGGCGUCCUGCAGCAGCGGAGGUGGCGGUGCUGCUGUAGCUCGUAGACUUUGUAGUCUACCACAGAGGUUACACUGCUGUCACCACUCUAUCACAGAGGUUGGUCUACACUGCUGUGAGAUCGGUAGGCCCGAGCGAGCUUUGGAAAGAGAAAUGUAGAUAGAUGCUCUUAUCAACUGACUCCCUGGUCAGGCUUUGAUGGGUGCUAGAUGAGAGUGAGCACAAGGGGCGAAGGCGCGCUUGUGUCUCAUCUCAACAACAAAAC